CCAGCUGAGGGGUCAGAAGUGACACUGCCGCGUCACGUGACUCCGGUAUAGCGCGCACGGAGAUCGCACUGCGGCUCCGGCCCGGGCGACUUCUCGCCCCCGUGAGGCCGUUGCCGAGGAGACGGCGCAUGUCCCGCGCGCAUUGCCCCCUCUGCAGUACCCCCCGCCCCUCUUCUCCCACCACAAUGAGAUCCUAAGAUGGCGGUGGCUGCGGCGGUUGGCGCCGAGUAGCUAAGGUGGAGAGGGCGGCCAUUGGGCUCUAGGCAGUCAGGGAACUUGAAGAUCUCCCUGCUGCGGUGUCUGAGGAAGAACUGCUGCCGGUGGCGGGUCCUGAGGGCCGCCCGCCGCUCCGCUCUGGGCAGGAGAGGCUGCACCGUUCACAGGUAGUUUUGACGCGUGGAGCAAGAAAGGAGCUGCUUCUGAAUUGCAAAAAGUAGUUUCUAGACAGAAGAUUAAUUGUUAAAGCCAGUAUGGCUACAGGAGGAGGUCCUUUUGAAGAAAGCAUGAAUGAUCAGGAUUUACCAAACUGGAGCAAUGAGAAUGUCGAUGACCGACUGAACAAUAUGGAUUGGGGUGGCCAACAGAAGAAGGCAAAUAGAUCCUCAUCAGAAAAGAAUAAGAAAAAAUUUGGUGUAGAAAGUGACAAAAGGGUAACUAAUGAUAUUUCUCCGGAGUCAUCACCAGGAGUUGGAAGGCGAAGAACAAAGACUCCACAUACAUUUCCACACGGUAGAUACAUGGCUCAGAUGUCUGUCCCAGAGCAAGCAGAGUUAGAGAAACUUAAACAGCGGAUAAAUUUCAGUGAUUUAGAUCAGAGAAGCAUUGGAAGUGAUUCUCAAGGUAGAGCAACAGCUGCUAACAACAAACGUCAGCUUAGUGAAAACCGAAAGCCCUUCAACUUUUUGCCUAUGCAGAUUAAUACUAAUAAGAGCAAAGAUGCUGCUACAAGUCUUCAAAAAAGAGAAGUGAUUGGAUCAACACAGUGUAAAGAGUUGUUUGCUUCUGCUUUAAGUAAUGACCUUUUGCAAAACUGUCAAGUCUCUGAAGAAGAUGGGAGAGGAGAGCCUGCAAUGGAGAGCAGCCAGAUUGUAAGCAGGCUUGUUCAAAUUCGUGACUAUAUUACUAAAGCUAGUUCCAUGCGAGAAGAUCUAGUGGAGAAAAAUGAAAGAUCUGCUAAUGUUGAGCGCCUUACUCAUCUAAUAGAUCAUCUAAAAGAACAAGAAAAGUCAUAUAUGAAAUUUCUCCAAAAAAUUCUUGCUAGAGAAAAUGAGGAGGAGGAUGUUCGGACUAUAGAUUCAGCUGUGAGAUCUGGUUCUGUAGCUGAGAGCACAUCGCUAAACAUAGAUGUGCAGUCUGAGGCUUCAGAUACCACGGCCAGAGAUCCUCAACAGGAGCCUAUGGAAGAGAUAGAAAAUUUGAAGAAACAACAUGAUUUAUUAAAAAGAAUGUUACAACAGCAGGAGCAACUUCGAGCUCUACAGGGUCGACAGGCUGCUCUUCUGGCUUUGCAACAUAAAGCAGAGCAAGCUAUAGCUGUGAUGGAUGAUUCUGAAAAGGUUGCAGGGACAAGUCCUGGCGAUCAUACUGUACCGUGCAGACAGACAGCUCGCUCUCCUUUUCAUCAGAGAGUACCCUUAAGAGUUGUUGCAGAAACUACAGGUAGCUUAUCUGGAGUCAGUAUCACCUCUGAACUAAAUGAAGAAUUAAAUGAUUUAAUUCAACGGUUUCAUAAUCAACUUCGUGAUUCUCAGCCUCCAGCUGUUCCAGACAAUAGAAGACAAGCAGAAAGUCUUUCAUUAACUAGGGAGGUUUCCCAGAGUAGAAAUCCCUCAGUAUCAGAACAUCUACCUGAUGAGAAAGUCCAACUUUUUAGCAAAAUGAGAGUACUACAGGAAAAGAAACAAAAAAUGGACAGAUUGCUUGGAGAACUUCAUACUCUUCGAGAUCAGCAUCUGAACAAUUCAUCAUUUGUGCCUUCUUCAGCCUCUCCACAAAGGACUGGGGAUCAAAGAAGUACAACUUCAGCCCCCUCUGCUCCUGCAGGCCUGACACCAGUUGUCAAUGGAGAGUCAAACAGCCUUACAUCAUCCGUUCCUUAUCCUGCCACUUCUCUAGUUUCUCAGAAUGAGAGUGAAAAUGAAGGCCAUCUAAAUCCAACUGAAAAACUCCAGAAGCUAAAUGAAGUUCGAAAGAGAUUAAAUGAAUUAAGAGAGUUAGUUCAUUAUUAUGAACAAACAUCAGAUAUGAUGACAGAUGCUGUAAAUGAAAACACAAAAGAUGAAGACACUGAAGAAUCAGAGUAUGAUUCUGAGCAUGAAAAUUCUGAACCCAUUACUAACAUUCGAAAUCCGCAAGUAGCUGCCACCUGGAAUGAAGUAAAUAGUAAUAGUAAUACACAGUGUGUUUCUAAUAAUAGAGACGGGAGAUCAGUAAAUUCUAAUUGUGAAAUUAACAACAGGUCUGCUCCCAACAUCAGGGCUCUAAACAUGCCUCCUUCCUUAGACUGUCGAUACAAUAGAGAAGGAGAACAGGGGAUGCUUGUAGCACAAGGUGAAGAUGAUGAAGAGGAGGAGGAGGAAGCAGAAGAAGAGGGAGUCAGCAGAGCUUCGUUAUCUAGUCAUAGGACCAGUCUGGUUGAUGAAGCUCCAGAAGAUGCGGAAUUUGAACAGAAGAUCAAUAGACUUAUGGCUGCAAAACAGAAACUUAGACAGCUGCAAGAUCUUGUUGCUAUGGUGCAGGAUGAUGAUGCAGCUCAAGGAGUUACUUGUGCCAAUACAUCAAAUUUGGGUGAUUUCUACCCAGCAGAAGAAGACACUAAACAAAAUUCAAAUAAUGCAAGAGGAAAUGCCAAUAAAACACAGAAAGAUGCUGGAGUAAAUGAAAAGGCAAGAGAGAAAUUUUAUGAAGCUAAACUACAACAACAACAAAGAGAGCUAAAACAACUGCAGGAAGAAAGAAAGAAACUGAUUGAGAUUCAAGAGAAAAUUCAAGCGUUGCAAAAGGCCUGUCCUGACCUGCAGCUAUCAGCUGCCAGUGUGGGUAAUUGUCCCACAAAAAAAUACCUGCCGGCUGUUACUUCAACCCCAACUGUUAAUGAGAAUGAGACCAGUACAAGCAAAUCUGUUUUUGAGCCUGAAGAUUCCUCAGUAGUAGAUAAUGAGUUGUGGUCAGACAUGCGAAGACAUGAAAUGUUAAGGGAAGAGCUGCGACAGAGAAGAAAACAGCUGGAAGCUCUGAUGGCUGAACAUCAGAGGAGACAAGGUCUAGCUGACACUGCAUCUCCAGUGGCUGUAUCCUUGAGAAGUGACGAAUCUGAGAACUUGUGUACUCCUCAACAAAGUAGAACAGAAAAAACAAUGGCUACUUGGGGAGGUUCUACUCAGUGUGCACUUGAUGAAGAAGGAGAUGAAGAUGGUUACCUUUCUGACGGAAUUGUUCGGACAGAUGAAGAAGAGGAAGAAGAGCAAGAUGCUAGCUCAAAUGAUAACUUUCCUGUGUAUCCUCCUAAUGGUUUGAGUCAUAACUCCUAUAAUGUAAAGGAAACUAAAAAUAGGUGGAAGAACAAUCGCCCCAUUUCAGCAGAUGGAAAUUAUCGUCCUUUAGCCAAGACAAGACAACAGAAUAUCAGCAUGCAACGGCAAGAAAAUCUUCGAUGGGUGUCAGAGCUGUCUUACAUAGAAGAGAAAGAACAAUGGCAAGAACAAAUUAAUCAGCUAAAGAAACAACUUGAUUUCAGUGUCAGUAUUUGUCAGACUUUGAUGCAAGACCAGCAGACUCUAUCAUGUUUGCUACAAACUCUUCUCACGGGCCCUUACAGUGUUAUGCCAAGCAAUGUGGCAUCUCCUCAAGUACACCUAAUAAUGCACCAGCUGAACCAGUGCUACACACAGCUAACAUGGCAACAGAAUAAUGUUCAGAGGUUGAAACAAAUGCUGAAUGAUCUUAUGCACCAACAAAAUCAGCAUCCCGAAAAACCUAGAAGCAAAGAAAGAGGCAGUAGUGCAUCACAUCCCUCUUCUCCCAGUCUAUUUUGUCCUUUCAGCUUUCCAACACAGCCUGUAAAUCUGUUCAACCUGCCUGGAUUUACUAACUUUUCAUCAUUUGCACCAGGUAUGAAUUUCAGCCCUUUAUUUCCUUCUAAUUUUGGAGAUUUUUCUCAGAAUAUUUCUACACCUACUGAACAGCAGCAUCCAUUAGCCCAGAACCCUUCAGGGAAAACAGAAUAUAUGGCCUUUCCAAAACCAUUUGAAAGCAGUUCCUCUGUUGGAGCGGAAAAGCAAAGGAAUCAAAAACAGCCUGAAGAGGAGGUAGAAAACAGUAAGACACCGUGGUUAUAUGACCAAGAUGGGGAUGUAGAGAAACCAUUUAUCAAGACUGGAUUCGCAGUGUCUGUAGAGAAAACUACAAAUAGUAACUGCAAAAAUCAAUUAGAUACAAGCAGGAGAAGACGCCAGUUUGAUGAAGAAUCAUUAGAAAGCUUUAGCAGUAUGCCUGAUCCAGUAGACCCAACAACAGUAACUAAAACAUUUAAAACAAGAAAAGCAUCUGCACAGGCCAGCCUGGCUUCUAAAGACAAAACUCCCAAAUCAAAGAGUAAGAAGAGGAAUUCUACACAGCUGAAAAGCAGAGUUAAAAAUACUGGAUAUGAAAGUGCUAGUAUAUCUAGCACAUGUGAACCUUGCAAAAGUAGGAACAGAUCAGCCCAGGCUGAAGAGCCUAUUCAAGCAAAAGUAUUCAGCAGAAAGAAUCAUGAGCAGCUGGAAAAAAUAAUAAAAUGUAGUAGAUCUACAGAAAUAUCUUCAGCACAUGCUAGGAGAAUACUACAGCAGUCUAACAGAAAUGCAUGCAGUGAAGCGCCAGAAACUGGGAGUGAUUUUUCCAUGUUUGAAGCUUUGAGGGAUACUAUUUAUUCUGAAGUAGCUACAUUAAUUUCUCAAAAUGAGUCUCGCCCACAUUUCCUUAUUGAACUCUUCCAUGAGCUUCAGCUGCUUAAUACAGACUACUUGAGACAGAGGGCUUUAUAUGCAUUGCAGGACAUAGUAUCCAGACAUAUUUCUGAAAGUGAUGAAAAAGAAGGAGAAAAUGUAAAGUCAGUGAACUCUGGCACUUGGAUAGCAUCAAACUCAGAACUUACUCCCAGUGAAAGCCUUGCAACUACUGAUGAUGAAACUUUUGAGAAGAACUUUGAAAGAGAAACACGUAAAGUAAAUGAGCAAAAUGAGGCCGAUAAUGCUAGUAUCAUGUCUGUAUCUUCAAAUUUUGAGCCUUUUGCAACAGAUGAUCUAGGUAACACUGUGAUUCACUUAGAUCAAGCAUUAGCCAGAAUGAAAGAAUAUGAACGUAUGAAGACUGAGGCCGAAAAUAAUUCAAAUAUGAGAUGUACCUGCAGAGUUACUGAGGAUGAAGAUGGUGCUGUUGCCACUACAGUUAAUAAUUUAGAAGAAAUUCCCAUUAUUGAAAAUCAUAGUUCACAACAACCUAUAAGUGAAGUUUCUACUAUCCCAUGUCCUAGAAUUGAUACUCAGCAACUGGACCGGCAAAUUAAAGCAAUUAUGAAAGAAGUCAUUCCUUUUUUAAAGGAGCACAUGGAUGAAAUAUGCUCUUCUCAACUUCUCACUUCAGUAAGACGCAUGGUUUUGACCCUUACCCAGCAAAAUGAUGAGAGCAAAGAGUUUGUAAAGUUCUUUCACAAACAACUUGGAAGUAUAUUACAGGAUUCACUAGCAAAAUUUGCAGGCAGAAAACUGAAAGACUGUGGAGAAGAUCUUCUUGUGGAGAUAUCCGAAGUGUUAUUUAACGAAUUAGCUUUCUUUAAGCUCAUGCAAGAUUUGGAUAGUAAUAGUAUAACUGUUAAACAGAGAUGCAAAAGGAAAAUAGAAGCGGCUGGAGUGAUACAGUCUUAUGCCAAAGAGGCCAAAAGGAUUCUUGAAGGAGAUCAUGGCUCAACUGCUGGAGAGAUUGAUGAUGAAGACAAAGACAAAGAUGAGACUGAAACAGUUAAGCAUACUCAGACAUCUGAGGUAUAUGGUGACAAAGAUCCCAGAAAUGUAAGAGCUGAUGUUUCCGAUCAAGAGGAAGAUGAAGAAAGUGAAGGAUGUCCAGUGUCUAUUAAUUUGUCUAAAGCUGAAACUCAGGCUUUAACUAAUUAUGGAAGUGGAGAAGAUGAGAAUGAGGAUGAAGAAAUAGAAGAGUUUGAAGAAAGACCUGUAGAUGUCCAGACUUCACUUCAGGCUAACACUGAAACGACAGAAGAAAAUGAACAUGACAGUGAGGUUCUACAACAUGACCUUGAAAAAACAGCAGAAAGCACAAAUUUCCCAUCAGAACAAGAGCCCAUUAGUAAAGGUGAUGAAGAUGAUUCUCCUGUGAAACCCUGUUACCUCAACAUCUUGGAAAAUGAGCAACCUUUAAAUAGUGCUGCCCCUAAGGACUCGCUUACCAUUAUCGAUUCAUCUAAACAGCCUGACCCUUUGCCAUUACCUUUAACUGAAAUUGAAACCUUAGUGCCUAGAGUCAAAGAAGUUAAAUCUGCUCAGGAAACCCCUGAGAGCUCUCUGGCUGGAAGUCCUGAUACUGAAUCUCCAGUGUUAGUGAAUGACUAUGAAGCAGAAUCUGGUAAUAUAAGUCAAAAGUCUGAUGAAGAAGACUUUGUGAAAGUUGAAGAUUUACCACUCAAAUUGACAAUAUAUUCAGAGGCAGAUCUAAGGAAGAAAAUGGUAGAAGAAGAACAGAAAAACCAUUUAUCUGGUGAAAUAUGUGAAAUGCAGACUGAAGAAUUAGCUGGAAAUUCUCAGACACUGAAAGAACCUGAAGCAGUGGGAGCCCAGAGCAUGUAAGAUUUCUUCAGAGACUCAUCUAACUCUCUCUUUACAUAGUCAGUGCAUAUAUGAAAAUGACACUAAAUAAACAUCUGCUUUGUUCUACAUAAAAAUGUAAAUUAGUUUGACACUGCAUUUUUAAUAGGUGUUCUAAUUUCUGCCCAUGGCAGUUUAAAACAUCAGAAAACGAAUCCUGGACUGAUUCAAGCCUUGAUACACUGUGGUUUUUUUAUUUGUUUGUUCGCUCAUUUGUUUGUUUCUUUUCUUUUAUGGUCUUCAUUUUUCUCAUUGUGAUGUUUGGUAGUGUUAAGUUUAAAAUGUAGUUUUAAAUAAAGUUUGAACUUAACCCGUAAAGUAUCUUUUUUGGAAAUUAUGUUGAAUGCUAUACAACAAAUUACUGUUAUACAUAAUUAGAUAUAUUAUUUAUUCUAAAGCCAGUCUUUUAUUAAUUAAUGCCAGUGUUGCUGCCAUUGGGUUUAAUGUUCUCUUAGCUACCAGCUGGUCCUCUGUAAGAACAGGGAGGAUUACAAAGGUAACCAGGGUGCUGGAGGUGUGGCUCAAGAGGUAGAGUACCUGCUUUGCAACUCUGAAGUCCUGAGUUCAAAUCCUAGCCCCACCAAAAAAAAAAGGUAGCCAGGAUUAUUUGCGAAGUUAUCAUAGAUUAUGUGUAAAUAAUUCAUACAAAUUGCCUAAGAAGUUUAGAGCGUAUUACCUUAGUACCUAGAAUUUACAUAAUUAUCUAUUAGGUGAAUACUUUCCAGAAUUUCAAAUCCUAUCUAUGUUGCCUCAGUCUACAAUUUUUAAACUAAGCUUUAUAUAAUUAGAUAGUAUUUCUGCAGCCAAGUAAAAUUCUAAUUAAUUUAAAAUUAAAAUCCAAUUUCUUUUAUGUAGUGAUAAAUAGAACUAAAUUUAUGUAACAGAAUUAAGAUUUUGUAUGCCUUUGGACAAAUUUGCCUUUUGAGAUGAUAAUUUGAAACCAAAACCUAGUGAGAGAGAAGCAGGUUCACAGGUGAGGUAUUGAAGUAUUGACUUCUUCAAGUAAACCAAUUUUAAAAGAUGAUUUUCCUUCUUAUCCCAUACUUGCCAUAGGCCCAGUAAAAUAUCACAGAACAAGUUAACAAUAUAUAAGUUAAUCUUACAGGUUCUUCCCUGAGUAAAGCUAGAAUAAUAAUUAGUUCUGAGCUCCAUGUAGUCUUUAAAAUUUGUUAACAAUUUACAAGAAAAGAACUUGUUUGAUAUUCCUUUUAAAGUCUGACUUGCUCGCUAUCUUAGUAUAAGCUAUAAUAUCCAAAUAGGGAAUAGGGAGUGAGGAUUUUCCUAUGAGGAUACUUAUUGUAUUGUUCCUUAACUUAAAUUACGUUAGACCUAUACUUUCAACUUUAAUACCUAUUUGGAAAAUUACCAAUCCACAAUCAGGAACUUUUGCCGAGUUGGAGUGACUUUAGUGACGUUGGAACAAUAAUUUUCAUUAUAUGUAUAGGCAAAUUCUAUAUUUUCUAACUAAACAAGAAGAGGGAGAGACUUCAUUUUGGUACUCAAGCCAGGCCUUACAUAUUGCAGCUCUCUCUUGCUCUUUGUCUGCAUGCAUAUUAAAGAUAGAUAGGAGUCUGGGCACAGUGUUGCAUGUCUGUACUCCCUGUACUCAGGAGGCCAAGAUAGGAGGAUUUUCAGUUUGAGGCCACCUUGAACUACAUAGUGAUUUCCAGGCUAGCCUGGACUAUACAACAAGAUCUAGUCUCCAAAACAAACCAGAAAAGACAGAGUCAGAGGAAAAAAUGAAAUUAAUACAUUACUUUUUACCAUGGUACCUAUAAACCUUUCAAACCAGCGUAUUUUGACUUGUGUUACAACUGAUAGCUAGUCUCUUGUCUUCCUGUUUUAAUAGAUAAUUUAGUUUUAAAAUACACAGGGAUUGAGAUUAAUAUUUUCCUUAGUAACUAUUUUUAAAGGGUGUUAGACAUUAAAUAGUCCUGCUUGUCUUAAUUUAUAAGUUAAAACUUUGGUUAGAGGUAGAGGAAGAAAAGUUCAAAAUGAAGGAGGUAGACGCUUACACAGGUUGAGAUAAUACCUAAAUUAGAGCUAGCCAGACUGUGACUGUGGCGGUACUGUGUAUUUUGUAACAAUUCACUUUGAUAAAUGCUUUUUCACUGUUAAUAAAUGUAUAUC